GGACUGGAAGCGAGGCUGGCCGGAGUUUCUGGGCUCUGAACUCUGCCAUGUUGGGUUAAGGGAGGGUUUUAAACACUGUAAUUAAAAAAUAAAUAUAAAUAAAUACAAUAAAAAUAAAAAAAAAAUUUUUAUUGCGUAAUUAGUUCUGUGUGUGUCGUACACGGAUAAGGACGGGUUGCGAAGUUUCACUUGGUUUUUUUUUCAAAAGUGAACUUUUAUUUUUUUUUUUUUUUUAAUUUUUAAUGUUUUUAUGUAAAGUUAUAAGCAGCAAUGGACGGCGCGGUUACCUCAGACAUGGCCUCGGACGUCCCGUCGCUGGGUGUUGCCCCCGGUAAACAGGGCGCGGAGAGCCAGGCCGGGGGGGCUGUCGUCGCUCAGAGGGGACCCAAGAGACGGGCACCCCUUGACUUCGAUGACGACGAUGACGAAGGUGACGGAAACAACAAAUUAUUCAGGUGUGAGGAUGACCAGGGUGGCAGCAAUGACAAGGAAAGGUUUGCCAGAGAGAACCACAGUGAGAUUGAACGGCGUCGGCGCAACAAGAUGACCGCGUACAUCACGGAGCUGUCGGACAUGGUGCCCACGUGCAACGCCCUGGCACGCAAACCAGACAAGCUGACCAUCCUGCGCAUGGCCGUGUCACACAUGAAGUCCCUGCGCGGCACGGGCAACACGGGCACCGAUGGCAGCUACAAACCAUCCUUCCUCACCGACCAGGAGCUGAAGCACCUGAUUCUGGAGGCUGCGGAUGGCUUCCUGUUUGUGGUGUCGUGUGAGACGGGCCGGCUGGUGUACGUGUCGGACUCGGUCACGCCGGUUCUGAACCAGCAGCAGUCGGACUGGUUCGGCAGCUCCCUGUACGAGCAGGUCCACCCCGAGGACGUGGACAAGCUGAGAGAGCAGCUGUGCACGAGCGAGAGCGCCAUGACAGGGCGAGUCCUGGACCUCAAGACUGGCACAGUGAAGAAGGAGGGCCAGCAGUCCUCCCAGAGGAUGACGUUGGGGUCCCGACGCUCCUUCAUCUGCAGGAUGAGGUGUGGAAACUGUCCCGUGGAGCCCGCCUCUGUGAACAGACUGAGCUUCCUGCGCAACAGAAACAGGAGUGGUCUGGGUCCAGUUAAGGACGGGGAGCCCCAGUAUGUGGUGGUGCACUGCACUGGAUACAUCAGGUCCUGGCCCCCUGCUGGAAUCUCGUUGCCGGAGGAGGAGUCGGAUGCUGUGCAGGGCAGUAAGUUCUGUCUGGUGGCAAUCGGCAGACUGCAGGUGAGCAGCUGCUCCAGCAGCACAGACAUGAGUAACAUCUCCAUCCCCAUCGAGUUCAUCUCCCGGCACAGCAGCAAAGGGGUCUACACCUUCGUGGACCAUCGCUGCGUGGCCACCGUGGGCUACCAGCCACAGGAGCUCCUCGGGAAGGAGGUGUUUGAGUUUGCCCACCCUGAGGACCAGGGGCUGCUGCGGGACAGUUUCCAGCAGGUGACCAAGCUGAAAGGGCAGGUUCUGUCUGUGAUGUUCCGGUUCCGGUCCAAGAGCAGAGAGUGGAUCUGGAUGAGAACCAGCUCCUUCACCUUCCAGAACCCCUUCUCCGAGGAGGUAGAGUACAUCAUCUGCACCAACGCCAACGUCAAGGCCCCGAGCCAGGAGUCUCGCCCUCCCCUCCCCCCCCCUUCAGUGCAGAUACCCCGCCUGGGGCAAAGUCCCAACCUGGCUUUGGAAAUGAGCCCGAGGCAGACGGGAUCUAGGCAGCUCCAGCAGCAGCAACAGCAGGCAGAGCUGGAGGGGGUCCCCGGCCGGGACGCUAUCGCCCCCUACACCUCGAGCCCUGUCGACGCCAUGCAGGGGAACCACCUGACACAGGUCUCUGUUCAGCCAGUGGCAGCGACCGGGCUGGAGCGCAGCAAACCCCUGGAUAAGGGGAGCCCCCUCUUCCAAGACAUGUACCCCGGAAUCAGCCCAGAGCAGAGCAAGCCCCUCCCUCCCAGCGUCGGGCAGGGUGCCCAGCAGAUAUUUUCCCAGGGGACCCCCUACAGCAACACGCGGCCUGCAGAGAGCUUCAGGAGUGCUGGCCUCACUCCCCAGGGUGCUGUUCUCCAGCAGCAGUCUGGCUCAGCCGGUCAGAUUCUUGCGCAGAUCUCUCGGCAGUCGAACCCGGUGCUGGUGGGAGGAGCCUCGACAUGGACAGGGAGCCACGCCCCCUUCAGCGCUCAGCAGCAGCAGCAGAUGGUUUCCCAGCAGGCCUCUUUGAAGACUCAGUCCCCCUCGUACGGGAUGGGCAGUUUCCAGGGCACCCCCUCGUCCUUCAACCCUGUGUCCACCGUGUCCCCCAACGCAGCCAGCAUGUACCCCAACAGCAACCCCACCCGCAACCCCGCCAUCUCCACCGCCACUGCUGCCGGCACAUUCGGGGAGUCUAACCAGGCAGGCAUGCAGUUCCAGGCGCGUCCAGCGGAGGGCGUGGGGGUGUGGCAGCAGUGGCAGGGUGCAGGGACUCAGCACGGCCACCAGGGGAACAGUCAGGCGGAGGUGUUUCCGGACAUGCUGUCGAUUCUGGGGGAGCAGGGACCCGGGUUCGGGAGCGAUGAGUUUGCAGAGCUGCCCAUCUUCCCAUCCUUUAAUGAGUAGAGAGGGGGCGAACGCAGGCCUCCGAAACAGCAGCACUCUGCAGCUCAAGCACAGCGCAGCGAGGGGGGCUGCUGUCGGGACUUUUCACUGGGGAGCUGGAGGGG